CCAAAAGAAGAGAAAGCAAUAGUUCAAGGCUCAAACGUCGUCGUCUUUUGCGUCUCUCCUCCCAAAUUGAUCUAAUAUCUUGUCGUCAUCUUCUGGGUUUCAUCGAUUUGGCUGUGGAAAAAAGCUUCAAAGGGGGAAAGAACACAACAUGAGGGCCAUAUUUUGUGGCAAUCUGGAGUUUGACGCUCGCCAGUCAGAUGUUGAGCGGCUUUUCAGAAGAUAUGGGAAGGUUGAUAGGGUGGACAUGAAAUCUGGCAGGAUACUUGGAAAUUCCUAGAUCUUCCUGGAUGAAGGGUUCUCUGCCUUUCUUUUUUUGGCUUGUGCCCAAGAUACAUACUCUUAUGUUUAUCUAAAAGAACCAAUAUGAUCUGCCAUGGUUCUACCAUCGUACAAUUUACUGAGACCAUUGCCUUUGCAUUCCUCAUGACCUUUGCUCAGUCCUCGAUAUCCGACAUGUUUCAACAUAGAUAGCAUGACCAUCUCGGAUCCAGUGGCAGCUGUUGAGUUCCUUCAUACAGAUUUUUCUUUCCCCUUCCCCCCUUCCCCCCUCAUUCGUGGGGGGUUUUGGGUGGAUUUGCUUUCAUUUAUAUGGAGGACGAGCGAGAUGCUGAUGAUGCAAUUAGAAGGCUUGACAGGAUAGAGUUUGGUAAAAAGGGACGCAGGCUUCGUGUAGAAUGGACUAAGCAGGAUCGUGGUAGUAGGAGGCCUGAAAUUUCCAGAAAACCUGCUGCAAAUACUAGACCUUCAAAGACUUUAUUUGUCAUCAACUUUGAUCCAGUUCAUACUCAGACAAGGGACAUAGAGAAGUAUUUUGAACCAUAUGGUAGAAUAUCAAAUGUUCGAAUUAGAAAGAAUUUCGCGUUUGUUCAGUAUGAGUCGGUGGAUGAUGCUAGCAGAGCAUUAGAAGCAACAAACAUGAGCAAGUUCAUGGAUCGAGUUAUUUCUGUGGAAUUUGCAAUUCGAGACGAUGAUGACAGGAGAAAUGGUCGCAGUCCUGACAGAAGAGGCCGUGACAUGUCGCCUGACAGAAGAGGUUAUGACCGUCGGCGUUCCCCUAGCCCAUAUAGAAGGGAUAGGGGUAGUCCUGACUAUGGACGUGGGGCACCUCUAAACUCAAGGCCUCAGACCAGGAGAAGUCCUGAGUAUGGUCGAGCAGAAAGUCCCGUCAAUGAGAGAUAUCACAGUCGUUCACCACCUCCACGUGAGAGGUCUCGAUCUUGAGAAGAAACUUCCAACCAAAGAUUUCAUAAGAAAGAAACACCUUCCAAUUCAAGAAAGAAGUAUCAGUUGUUUAUGCUGUCUGUAGGUCUCAUCGUCGUCUGGAGUUUUUAGCUUUAACUUUGGGUAGUCAACCUGCAGAUUUUUACUAUGUUGUACCAUUUUGUACUUUAGUUUGAACUUCAUUUCUAUUGGGUGAGUAUGUUGUGUACACUAGUAUUUAAAAUACUACUCAUUGUUGCUUUAGCUGAAAAGGAGAAUGUUCUUAGAAGCUCCUUUAUUCUAUUUUUUCUGCUCUUUA